AUGCCGUCAUCAUCAUCAACACCAACAACAACACCUCCAAAUAUCGGUUCAAGUUCGCUAUACCUGAGUAAGGCUGUGAACGACUCUUAUCAAAUCGUCGCCAAGAUUGGCGAGGGUAUAUCAGGCUCCGUCUACAAGGCCAUUAAAUUGGACACCAAUGAGAUGGUAGCCCUAAAGAACUUCAAGACAGGAAAGGAGAGCGAGCGUGCCUCCAAGGAGGAGUGCCACCUGCUGAUGCAGCUCAAGCACAUCCCGCACAUCACACCCAUCAUUGAUAUCGUCACUUCACCCGCCGAAUACCAGUACAACAUCGUGUUCCCAUACUUUGAGCACGACCUCUCGGGUCUGCUGAGCGAGCACCGCCUGUGCAUCCCGCAGGUCAAGUGCUACUUCUUGCAGCUGCUCAACGGCAUCAGCGAGAUACACAAGAGCGGCGUCAUGCACCGCGACAUCAAGGCGGCCAACAUCCUGGUCAACAACAAGGGUUCGCUCUACAUUGGCGACCUGGGCACGGCCACCUCAUAUGUCGCGCGCUCUGUCUUCUCAAGCAAGGUCGUCACACUCUGGUACCGUCCUCCCGAGCUCCUCUUGGGUGCCACUCAAUACGGUCCAGAGGUUGAUAUGUGGUCAAUAGGAUGUGUUCUAAUUGAGAUGGCUACAUCACGUAACUUCCUACCUGCCAACGACGAGUUGCAACAGAUCGAGGCGAUAUGCCAGCUUUGUGGCACUCCAACCGAGUCCAUUUGGGAAGGUGUAUCCGACCUCCCCAACUACCAUUGGUUGUCAAACCUCCCAGUCUACCCAAGCAAGCUGAGAUCAAUCUUCAAAUUCUUCUCUGAAGACUUUAUUGAUUUACUCGAAGGCCUGCUCACUCUCAAUCCAAAGAAGCGUCUGACUGCCGAGCAAGCACUACAAUCGCCAUUCUUUACAAUGGAGCCAUUGCCAUUCGAGCAAGAGAAGAUGCCAGGCUACCAACCAAUACAUGUACUUGAGGCAAUCCAGAAGAGACUAAAACAACAACAGACACAACAACCACAACAGACACAAUCACAAUCACAACAACAACCAAACACAACCGUACCAUCACAAACAAUCCAACCAUUUGAUAAGAAGACAAUCAAUCUGGAUACUCAAUCACAGAACAAUGCCAACGCCACCGCUACAUCAUCAACACAACCAAACACUUUGAAGCGCUCUCUGGACCUGGUCAACGACAUUCGCAACUACUGCACCAGUGAGACGGACGACGAGAAUGACUACGAGUCGAUCGACGACAGUGAGAUAGAGUUCUACACUGAUGACGAUGACGAGGAGGUCGACGACGAGGACGACGUAUACUCUGAAGAGGAGGACAGUGACUACGAGUACUACGCCGUGGCUCAUGAGCAACAACAGCAAUUGGCACAUCACAACCGUAUGCGUCAGCUGCAAAGCGUCGCCGUUGACAUUGACUCUGCAGGCAACCCCGCCAACCCAUUCCUACAGCCAGCCAAGAAGCAGCGCACCUCAUCCUCAGUCUCAACCACACUCGGUAGUUGCAGCAACAGGAUUGACAUCCCAAUCCACUAA